AUGGCUGCCCAAGCUACUGUAGCUGCACCUCAGCUAGGUAUGGCAGCUGGAGAGCUACAGAACGAGGCAGAGGCAUGGUGGAAGGCAACCAAGCCUAAAUUAGAAGCCGUUCAUCCAAAUCCCACCUGGGAGCAACUCAAAGAAGUUUUCUUUAAGAACUACUUCCCUAAGAGCUUUAGAGAUAAGAAGGAAGUUGAGUUCUCUGCUCUCGUGCAAGGAAACAAGAUCGUGCUGGACUACCAGCAACAAUUCAAAGAUUUGUUCCAUUUUGCCCCGAAGCACAUGAAGGGGGAAGCAAGCAAGACAAAGAAAUUUGAAAAAGGACUCAAACCAGAGAUCGGCUCUAUUCUGUCGGUCCUAAAUAUCCAGGACUACACUCCAAUGGUUGAUAAGGCAAAGACUAUGGAAGACAGAUUGGAGGAGAAUGAGAAAGCCACAGCAUCGCCUGGCUUGGGCAAGAGGCCAAGGAACUAUUAG